CGUGAGCCUCGGCUCGUUUUUUAUCGCAACUGGGGGGAAGCUCAGACGACCGAAAGCUCGCCUCUCUUCUCUCACAUCAGCGGAAGAAAGCUCCUGUACCCUUGUCCCCUUUUCUUCUACAUCUACGUCUCACAGUUCUGUUCGAAUUCGACUGUGAUUGCGUCAAGACUUGUCGAUUGACCUUUCUCAAAGCAAACUACUGUACCAACUUAGCAUCCAUCACGAAAUAAUAGGAAAUCGGCAGCAAUGGAUGUCGCAUCGCUCUUCAACGUCAAGGACAAAAACAUCCUCGUCACAGGCGGCGCAAAAGGAAUAGGCUACAUGAUCUCAGAAGGCUACAUCACAAACGGCGCAACAGUCUACAUCUCCUCCCGCGACGCCAAAGCCUGCUCCGCCUCCGCCGCUGCCCUCACCGCACAAGGUCCCGGAAAAUGCCACGCCAUCCCAGCCGACCUCCAAAAGCUAGACGACUGCAAGCGCCUCGUCGACGAGCUCGCCCGACAAACGGGCGGACAACUCCACGUCCUCGUAAACAACUCGGGCGCGGCGUGGGGCGACGCCUUUGAGACAUACCCCGACGCCGCCUGGACGAAACUCUUGACGCUGAAUCUGCAGCGCGUCUUCACCCUGACCCAACUCGCUGCGCCCCUGCUCGAAUCCGCUGCUUCUUCUCUGUCUGACCCGUCGCGUAUCAUCAAUAUCGGCAGCGUAGACGGCCUCCGCGUCCCGCUCAUUUCGAGUUAUGCCUACAGCGCAAGCAAAGCGGGACUGCACCACCUCUCGCGCGCGCUGGCGAGGGAAUUGGGACCAAGGGGCAUCACGAGCAAUACGCUUGCCUGCGGGCCGUUUGAGAGCAAGAUGAUGGCGGCGACGCUCGAGACGAUGCGCGAUACGAUUGAAGAGGAGAUUCCGAUGCGGAGGAUCGGUACGCCGCAGGAUGUCGCGGGCGCGUGUUUGUUCUUGAGUGGACGGGCGGGUGCGUUUGUGACGGGGGCGACUAUUACUGUUGAUGGUGGUAUUGUGUUGGCUUCCAAGUUGUAAGCUGUGAGAGGGGGGGGGUAAGAUGAGCUUGUUGUGAUGAAUGUAGAAAUAUGUAGAAUGAGAAAUCGUAUAAAGGCCAUGGAUCACUUCUCAGCGCAGGAUGAUGGUGAAAACUGUGAAAAGAGAUGUGAUGGCGAAUCGCGGUUGAUGAUGGCAAUGUCACAUGA